CUCCUCCUUGAAGUGAGGAACUGGGGGCUGAUGGAAAUGUAGUGAGCAGUCUUAGACAGGCACUGGGUGAAUCAUUAGCCAACUGCUACACUGGGAUGCUUUUGUCUGGAGUCUAAAAGGGAAAUAUAUACAUUUACAUAUCCGUACUGCAAUAUCUACUCAUUUUUUUCUGAUUGAAUAUUUCUGUUUUGGAGUUUUACCGAUACACCAAAGUGGAUGUAAUAUCUGGUGGAUCUCGAGUCCAAAAUGCUGCUGGUUUCCCAGCGCAUAGAAGCACCACGCAUGGAGCCCUAUAUACCACUGCAAGGAUCCAUAAAGAGAAAGGUGGACGAUGACCGUUCCCCUGUGUCCGCUGGCAUUAAUGACAUCAUAUUUUCAAGUGACAACAAGCGACUCUGUCUCGAUGAUGUUACACUUCCUAUGGGCCAAACACAAACCACAAGCUCCAGUGUAUCGUGCACUGAUUUGCAGCACUCUCCAUACACAACCAAUCAUGGCUCUUCAUCCUUGGGUGUUGGUGGUCAUCAAGUUCUUCUUGAAAAUAACCAUAUGAAUGGGAGAGGUAUGGCUUCUCCAUUCUCUGUACCACAAAAUACAGAUAUGGGCCAAAAGGUACCAUAUGAAGAAAAAAACAAUAGUCUACACUCUGUGGAUCAAGAACUACAGGAUCUCUUGGAAGAGUUAACUAAAAUGCCUGAUCCAUCGCCAAAUGACUUGGAUAUCAUCUUGCCUGACAUGAAUCAUUCACAACCAAAUUUAAGUACAACCCCAAAGCUUUCAUCCCCACAAUCAUCUCACUUGGACAACCAUAUAUCUAGCAAGGAUUUCUCUGGUGGUUGCAGUUCUGCCAAUGCUGGUUCCCCUCAAGUCAGACCCUCAUCUGCUGGAACAAAUUAUUCUAUUGCUCCAUCCAACAAGCCUGUCCAGUCACCCAUUGCUACAGUUCAGAGUAAGAGUCAGUCACAGACUAUGUUACCUGUCUCAAUAGCUAACAUGCCCGGUGCAAACUGGCAUGCACAACAGCUGAAACAGCUAGCUGCAAGCAAACAAGGCUCUUCAGGCAAGCAGCAAGUGCCGACACCCAGCUGGCCAACAAUUUCACCUACAGGUCUCUCUCCACCAUAUCGACCUGGAUCCUCUCCUCAGCAGCCUUUUAGUCCACAAAAUAUUAUGGUACCCAGCAUGAGCACAGGCAGUUUACAGGGAAAUACCAUACAAGGCUCACAGAAUUCUCUGUUAUCAAGCAUAUCUUCUACCAGCAAUCCACCCAACAGGCCUUCUCCACCUUAUGUGUCAGAAAAGAUUGCAAGUCCGGCUGUUAACCAGCAACCGUUCAGUCCACAGAGCUCCAUGUUACAGAAUAUGGCCUCAAGCAACAUUCCAGCUAAUACCAUCAAAAGCCCCCAAAGCAACAUGGUGCCAAGUAUGGUACCUGCCAAUGCUGGGCCUUCUCCGCCCUAUCAGCCAGAGAAGCUUUCAAGCCCAGCCUUGCAUCAGCAGCCAUUUAGUCCCCAGAAUACUCUGAUGUCCAGUCUUGCUUCUACAGGGAGCCAGCCCAGUCUACAAACUUCACUCUUCAAGUCAAUGACCACAAACCAGCCAAAAAAUAUGAAUAUGAUUAUGCAGCAGCCUUCCAAUGGUUUGCAGACUGGGAUAGUCAGUGACAACCCAGUAGGUCAUGAUCAUUUUUCCUUUAACAAUACCAAGCCACUGUCCCACUUUGCACCUGAUUCUUCUGGCCAGAAAAUGAACUUGUCGCCUAAUCCCGGGUCAUUAAUUCAUUAUCUUCAGCAACAGCAACAACAACAACAACAGCAGCAGCAGCAGCAGCAACAACAACAACAUCAACCUCCAGCUGCACAGCAGCCUCAGCAAGUCCUCAAAAAUCAGUUUCUCCAGCAACAGAUAAGACAACUAAUGCAACCUUCCCAGAUGCAGAGACAAAUGCAGUCCAGCGGUUUGCCUGCUCAAUCAAGACAGCUGCAACCUAUUCCGCAGUGCUGUACAGACAGAAGUACUUUGUGCUGCUGUGAACUUUCUGAUGAUGUGAUUGGCUACAGGGUGUCCUGUCCUCACCCGCUGCAAAUGUGGGAACAUCCGGAUAAGCAGGAGAUGGAGAGUGAUAACAAAAAGGAUCCGAAUGCUGGAAUCGUUCCUAGAAUGCAAGAACCAGGCUCCAUACCAAGCGCAGGCCCCGGGCCGACUCCUCUCACGGCUAAUGGCUACAUACGCAAUGCAAUCUUGAAGGAGCAAAUAAUGAGGCGGCAGCAGGUAAAACCCAGACCAAAUAUGAUGAGCAUGACAUCUGAACAGCGCAGUGCAUUUGUGGCACAGCAGAUGAACCAGUUUCAAACUCUUCCGCAGACUCUCCGUACGGAUUGUGUCCAGCCUAUGCCAACACCACCCCAGAGCCAUCGCAUGAUCACAUCCUCACAAGGCAUGAUUCAGAACAGUAUGGGCACGGGAAUAACACCAUCAACAAUGAAUCAGAAUAGUGGAACAAUGGUCAUGAUCCCACACAACACUGGAAAACAGCAAGGAAUAUUUCCAGCAUCUUCAGAUUUCAAUAUGCCACUUCGACAGAGCCAGAAUGCACUGAGUAUGACUUCCGGUUGCCAAACCGUGCACAGCCAAUCCACUGCCCGACCUGGGAUGACAUUGUCUGGAUAUACUUCAAGCUCUUUAAUAAAUCAUUCUGCAGCUCAACAGCAUUUACGACAGUCAAACAUAUCAAGAAUUCCGAAUGUCUACGCAAACCCUUCUACUCAGAUGUGGACUCAAGCUGGAGUUUCAAGAAUACCAGGGCAAAACCAAAUGGAUCCCAGCAUGCAACAAUUUCCUAACAACCCUCUCUUCACCAAACAAACCGUCAGACCAAAUAUGACAAGCCAGCAAUUUUCACAUCAGGGAAUGGUUCCUCCAAACCAGAUAGCUCCUGGGGUUCAAAUAAGACAAAUGCAAAAACUUGGUCUGUCCCAGGCAAAUCAAGGUGUAGGGUCUCUAAACAGCCCUAACAUUGGCACCAGUUUGUCCCGCGGGCAGCUAGCAGCCCUUAAUACAAUGAAAGCAAUGCCGCAAGGUGUUUCUACAUAUAACCAAAUGAACUCUGGUCAACUUGGUCCACCUUCCUACGGACCAGCAGCAGUUCAAACACCUGAAACCUUUGAUAGAAUAAGUUGUGGGGUCGAGCUACACCAAUAUGACUUUGUUACGGCACAGAAUAAUUCUGUCUUGUCUGCUAACUGUAACGAAGCAGACUUCAUUGACUGUCUAAUGAAGGGUGGCAGCAGCAGCAGUACUGAUGAAGACUGGCUAAACAAUUUGACAAUUCUUGACGAUAUUUUGGGGCAACACAGUCAAAACCCUGGCCCAGUGUAGCCCGUGGAAGAACAGACAUAUCUGUACCUCUGUAUCAUGAAUUGAAAAUCAAUUGUUUAAAUACUGAGGUCAACAAGGUGGCAGUUGUUUUUUGAUGCCUGUAAAUAUUUAAAUAUUUUUUAAAUUAUGUUUUUUUUCCAACAAUAAAUAGAAGUAUUGCUACUUCUGUGUGUGACUGUAUAUAAAAUUAUAGCAUAAUGUUUUGUUACAUUAUAGGAUUUUCAUUUAAAAUAUCUUGUUUUAAAUAUGCAAAUAUUAUAAUUAGUGUCGGUAAUACUGUGUAUUACAGUCUAAAAUAAUUAUGUUUUUUGACAUAACAAAAGGUAGGGGUGUCAGAGCAAACUGAAUACAAUGCAUGCCAACACAUUUAAUUACCCUUCGUUAAUAUAGGUAGUUCCUAAUAGUCUGUAUAUGUCAGUGCCCAGGGUUGCCAACCUUCAGUACAUGUACGGAAAAUACGUACAAAUAAAAUUACUUUUUAAUCCAUUUUUUAAGAGAGUAAUGCCAGUAAAACUGUAUCCCCUUCAUAACACUACUGCAAUUAAUUGUGCAACAUUCGACCAAUAAUUCUAAUAAAAGCAGGUUUGUAAACUUACCCUGAUGCACCAUGUCAGUAGACGCUAAUCUGAUUACAUAGCUAUAUGUAAGCAAAACAUCCUGUAUGUUCAUUUUGUAUACAAUUGCCCAUAUGAAAUAUUUACAACCCUGCAAAAAGUGCUAUGAAUGAAAAAUCUGGAGGCCAUUUGGUCCUGAUUUGUCAAUCUUAAUAUCUGGAAACAAAACUCAACUUGGCAUUAGUAAUAAAAUGCAAUGUAGUACACAAAUGUGUAACAUGCAACUGACCAAAAUCUGUCUCCGUUGUCCACAUGUGUAAAAUUUGAUUACAAAAACAUUGUUGGUUUGCACACCUUUUGUAUAUAUUUGUAGUAUAAAGGUGACUGGUUCCUGGUUUUAAGGCUUUUUCCCAAUUAUGUUUUACUGAAAAAACUUUGUUUGAAAGAAAAGCCUAGACAUGAAUUUGUCAAUUUUGUCUAUGAUGUUUUCUGUCAGCUAAUAUUGUCCUAUGUAUAUUUAAAAGUCUGUUUAUAUAAAAAAAAUUCACUGUACUGUAAACCUUUAAAUGUUCAUACUUUUGUGUAAUCAUAUUUUAAUAGUCACACCAUAUUUCUGUAAUACAUUUGUAAUAUACGGUCUGCAUCAAGCACAGAAUCAAUGAUGUUUUUCUUCAUACCAUAAUAAAGAACCAGGGAAAAA